AUGAGAAAAUUAGUUCUAAGUAGAUUCCAGUAUGGGAUAGUAGGUGCGUUUUUAGCCGAUUUCAACAUGGCGGCUUCGAAGAGAGUGAUUCGCUCAUUGUGGCACUUUAUAUCUAGGAUAGAUCCCUUAAGACAUAGACUUUUGUUUAUGAAUAGAAUAAAAAGUACCAGAUACUUCAAUACAAGUGUUAAUCGUCCCUCCAAAGGGGCCAACUUUCCAGUUCGAAGCGAUUGUAUGUUGCCCGAAAAAUGUUUUGAGGGCAAGAUUGCAUUCGUUACCGGUGGAGGAACAGGUCUUGGGAAGGGAAUGGUGAAAAUGCUAUCUGAACGAGGUGCGACUGUCAUCAUAUCUAGCAGGUGCUAAUGCAAGUUUUUCUUUUAGAUUAAUAUUUGUAGAAAAAUUCCUUAAGAAUCAAUAAAUGUAUUAUUUCAUGAUAAUAAUGAAUGAAAAAUUGAUUUGAAUUAAUGUUAACAUGUUUUAAUUAUUGUUAUACCUGAUAUGUAAAUGCUGUAGAUUUCUGGAGACUUGAGUUAAGUUCUUAAUAUUGCCUGGUACUCACAAAAUUUUUAGGUUAGUUGGAAUACUUUGAAAUAAAAAAUUAAUUGCUACCUAGGUAAGUGCAAUUAUUGAUACAUGAGUAAUUUCCUUAUUUUCUGGAUUUGCGAACUAGAAAAAGGUCAAAAUGUACAUUUUACAGGAUUAAUGAAAAAUGGGAUUUUAUAAAAUGACCUGAAAUGCUGUCACUUGACAAAUUAUUACAGAAAUUUAUAGAUACUGUGCUCAGUUCUCUGCAGUAGCAAACAAAUUUUUUUGUGGUCAUUAUUGUGGUGAACUGAGUAUUUGAUAAUGAUUAUUAUGAUAGUAUGAUUAGCAAUUGAUUGAAACCAGAGAGUAACAGUUCAUCCUGUGGUGUUAUCAUUCAGGUGAGAGUAGACCUGGAAAGGACAGUUGUUGACUCAAGUUUUGACAUUGUGAGUGCAAGUGAUUCAUAGAGCGAAGAGAGGACUCUGAUGAAUACUUCUACUUAGGUUACUGAAAUGUCAAUCACUCUCUCAGACAAUAUUCCUUUCCAGGGCUACUCUCGCAUGGAUAAUCAGAGCACAUAAUCAGUUAAUUACAUUGUGUUAUAUUAAAUGAAAAAUAGGAAGCUUGAAGUUCUUGAGAAGACAGCUGAGGAAAUAUCUGGUGAAACUGGAAACAAAGUAAGUCUUAGUAAGAAUAUAGCCAUUUUCACUAUUGCAUGGUGAUAGUAGACUCAGAUUGUUGGUUUUCUGAUCACUGCUCACUUUAAUUGGUCUCAAAAAUGUGUUCAAUCCGCCUGAUGAAUCUGUAUUUUUACAUGCUUUGGUCUGAGUUCUUCCUGGCUACAUGUGAUGUUACGUUUUUCUGAAUAGCUGUUGUUAUUGCGUAGAUUUUGAGAAACUCUCAAUUAAAGAGCACUCCUGAGCAAAUAUAGUCCAUGUGUCAAAACAUGUUCAACACAGUCAGUUUUAAUAUUCUGUGAAGAAUCCCCUCAGAAUAUUUCCACCUCCAACAGCAAAUUAUCAAUUAGAUAACCCUUUCACUCUGAGGAAUGACCAAUGAUGAAUUUCUCCUUUAAAUAUUGGUACAUUUUCAAGCAGAAAGGUGAUGAGAAGAAAGAAUCAACCAUGGCAAAUUGUUUGAUUGAAUACUUAAUUCUCAUCACUAAAAUUAUAAGAAAUGUAUGGUAGGCAGUGGUGGGGAUUGGUUCUUUGAUAUUGGGAGUGUAAACACUCACUCCCAAAACUGUUCAGAACUAGGUCUGAUCACUGUCAUGAAAUGUUCAUUCAUGAAACAACUUCCAAUCCUUAGGUUUUACCAGUAGCCGCAGAUGUGCGUGAUCCAUCACAAGUGGCAGCUGCCAUAGAUUUCUGUGAGAACAAGUGUGGUCUCCCUGAUAUAAUCAUCAACAAUGCAGCAGGGAAUUUUGUGUCUCCAACAGAGAGGCUGUCACCAAAUGCUUGGAGAACAGUCAUUGACAUUGUCCUAAAUGGCACAGCAUAUGUAACAUUAGACCUAGGAAAGCGUUUGAUUAAAGCCCAAAAAGGUAUUUUUUUAAAAUUGCAUUGUUUCUUUACCAGGCUCAGAAUGGACUAAAUCCAUGUUAAGAAGAAAAAUAUCUUGGAGACAAUGUGAUAGUUCUUUUACCCCUUUUCUUCCUUGCCCUUCUCCCUUCCAUUCUUUUUUCCCAUGCCAUUUAGGAACAUACCCAUGAGCCCUACUUUUGAAAACAUUUUUGAUAUCAGUUUUUAAAUAAAUAAAACCUAAAAUCUCCAAAUUAUACCUAUAAGUAGCAAUCCGUGAGUGAUUUCAUGGGGCAUGCUUCUAUUUUCAGGUGCAAAUUUUUUGGCAAUCACGACCAUCUAUGCCAAAUCUGGUUCAGGUUUUGUGGUACCAUCAGCAGCCUCUAAGGCUGGUGUGGAGACCAUGACCAGGUAAGAACAUAUGACAAAGUAAAUUACCCCAAAUGGUGGAGCAGUUUUCAUUUGAUUGUCAAUAGCAUUGAGGGAUUGCAUUGGUUCAACUUUAAAUCACUUUAUGAUUGCUUUACAAAACACCCUCUCAACUAUAGCCUGCAAGCUUACCCUCAAUAAAAGCACUGAAGGAUGAGUGUUUUUCCAUCAGUGGGAAGAUUUGAGAUGAGUUAGAGAGAGGUUUUCAAGGGGUCUGGCACUACUGGACCCCUGAUGGACCUCUUCCCUGCUUGCAUUGCUCAAGGUCUUAUAGUUUCCUGCAAGCAAAGAAAUACUUGUUCAGAAGUGCUAAUAAUAAGGGCCCUUAUUGUGUAGGCCCAUAUCUCAACUUAUCACAAGCAAAGCUAAAACCUUUGACAACUUGAUCUCUUGUGCUUUUCUGUGCCUCAAGCAGUUUGUGUAUUUUUACUUGGGUUUUAAAUGAAUUUUAACCUUUGUUAGAUCCCUGGCAGCAGAAUGGGGAAGAUAUGGAAUGAGAUUCAAUGCUAUUGCUCCAGGACCCAUUGAGACCAAGGUACAAGACCUCUGAUUCCCAUUAGUAACUAGAAAAUGGGGAAGAGAGCUUUUGCCCCUGCCCCAGUAUCAGCCCCACCCUAUUCUAGUAAUAAAGUUUUUGUUCCCCUCUCUUGAAGUACUGUAAUCAUGAUGUCAACUUUCCUUACAAUUUUUACACUAAAUUUUUCAAUAAGCAGUGUUACCGUUGCAUUUUUUCAAAUCUUUAGUUUCCAAAAUCAAAUAGUUGUCUCCAUUUCUUUCACUUUACAACUUUGUACAUUAGUGGGUUAAGAGGGGACAUAUCUAGUUGAGCUAUACCACUGACUUAAUGUAUAAUUAUUUUUCAUGUUAAUAAAUAUUUUGUCUACUGGGAAAAAAAGUGAUACGUUUUUUAAGUGUAUCUAUGUAAUUUCAGGGUGCCUUCAGCCGUCUAGAUCCCACAGGAGAAUUUACAAAGCAUGCUAUAGAACGCAUUCCAACUGGCAGACUCGGUGAAAUCCCAGAACUGGCAAACCUAGCAAUGUAUCUUGUCAGUGACUACUCCAGUUGGAUGACAGGAGAAGUAUGCCUCAACUAGUUUAUCUUUGUCACUGUUGUUUGUUUAUUCUUGGCCUUAACACACACACAGGGUGUCAAGUAACAAAUGCUACAGAAAAUAGGGAAAAUUUCAUAUAGAAAAUUAGAAAUUCUCACCCCUAAAAAGGAAAAAAAUAGGACGCUUUCUUUGAGUUAUAUCCUCUUAACAACACCAAUGACAACUCUGUUCCACAACCCAAUGCUUUCUUUAGUAAUAGACAAUCAUGAUGGCAUGCAUCCUUGAUGUACUUUAAUUCACAUGAAUAUGGUGAUAUUUCAAAUAUUUUUUAAGCAAAAGUGUUACCAAAAUAUAGAAACUUGACAAUUUGCACAAACUUUUUGAGAACUUGCCCUGGAGGAUAACACAUGAAGUUCUGAUUCACCUACUGUUAUUCAGGAUAAACCUCUGAUCACUCUCAAUGAUUUGCAUUUUGUGCAGGUUGUAACAUUUGAUGGAGGAGAGUAUGUCUCUAUGGCUGGUGAAUUCAAUGAUUUCAGAAAGGUAUGUUUAUAACCUUAAUCACUACAUUUGAAUAUGUAGUAUGAUCUCCUGCAGGACAGUAGUCCUUAGGUGAGAGUUUUAACCCUUUAACUCCCAGAUCAAAUUUUUACUUCUCCUUACUGUCAACCUUACAAUUUAUAUAAUAUUAGUUCAGAGAAUUUAGUGUUAGACCAACUAAUUAUCCCCAAAUUUAUAUUUUCCUUUAUUCUCACCACUGAUCUGGUUGAUAUUGUAACAAUAUUGUCAGGCAAAAUUCUGUCUUGGUCACUCAUGGGAGUUAUAAGGUUAAGUUCAGUCUGAGUAAACUGAUCGGUCAGUUCAGGCAUGCUGUUUUUGGCUACAAGACUUUGUGCAAGUUGGUCAUGAUUGGUCAUUUUCAAUCUGUCAGUAUGUUAGGUUAUUCUGUUCUGCUCAUAUGUGUAAAUGUUGUGAAGGAGUCAUUUGUAUGGUGCUGGUAGUUGUCAACGCUUGCCAAGUCAAUAGUAUGGUUUAUAAGUCAGCAAUCAUUGGCAGUGUAAUUUUUGACAUCACAUUUUACAUUAACUUUACCUAUUGAUUUUUUGUUGUGCUUGCAUUUUAGAUUCCAAAGGAACAGUGGGACCAAUUGGAAGCAAUCAUUAGAAAAACAAAGGGUUCUUAAUACAUUCUCUCAAUUGUAUAUUCAAACUCUCCUAAUAUGAAGUUAACUUUGCUACUGUUUUUCGUCUAAGGCAAGAAAGAUAUAAAAAUUUCUUCAGUUUCUUUUUAUUAAAACAGUUAAUAUUUGAUUGAAGAAUAAAAGUUCAUGUACUGUCCAUUUGUAGUUAUUUCAGCAUGGUUUGCUUCUGUAUCUCUUAAUUUUCAAGUCAAAGUAAAGAUUUCAAGGAUGAUCUUAGCUCAAGUAUGAAGUUUUGAAUGAACUAAAACACAAAGAAUUAAAAGAAAAAGGUGUUUUACUGUCUUUUUAUUUACAUUUACUCUGUAAUUAGCACACAAAAAAGACCAUAUUCCAAAAUCUGAGGACACUUCACAUUCAU